AGGAAGCCAAAGGAGGAGAGGAGGAAGGGAGGAGGCUAUUAGAGGGCUGCCGGGUGCUGGGUAUGUUAGGAAGGACAGGCCACAAGUGAUGUCUGGUAUUUCUUCCACUGCCACCAUGCUUAAGGCUGCAUUUCUGCCCGUGUUCUGUCUAGUAAUCUCCUACAUUACAGACAGCUGCUCUAGCUCAUCAGCCUGAGGUCUGUGCCCUCAUCUACUCCGUCCGUCCUCGAAGUCUGCAUCACCCGUCCCUCUACCCUGAUCUCUGCCAAGGAAUGAAAAAAGGGAAAGAGAGGGAAAUAGUCAUUAUAGUUGACGAAAACAUUUCAGUUUUCUUAAAGUUGAAAGAUUCUGUUUUCUUCCGCUGAUCAUUGACAGAUAGUGGAUUUGAUCUCUCAACACAUCAAGCCAACUGGUGAUAGACUCAAUUUUCUGCCUCAGGGGAGAGAGAUAAACAGCUUUCUGUUUGGACUCUAGAAGAGAGACUCGACAUUGGGGGACAAACCCAGUCAUCUUUAGCCAGGACACUGAAAGAGACUAAGUUUUCUGCUUUACCCUGACAGACACAACUUUCUGUGUCAAGACAAGACAUGACGAGGAGUCUUCUGUCUGAACAGAGACACACAGCCUAGAAAGAGAGACCAAGACUUGAAUUUCACCCUCUCAGGGACAGCUUUUUGCCUUAAUACUGAAACGGAGACUACGACUGCUCUACUACAAUAUUCCUUAGCCCUAAUAUUGAGAGUCCUUCACUUUUCUUCCCUGUCACCUGAGCACUGAGAAAACCUUUCUGCAUUUUCAUUUUCAACAGAAAAGGAACCUGCCUGGUCUAAGCAGCUGCAUCUCAGCACCUCUACGGAAGGCUAUCAUUCAGGUACCAAACUUUAGUAAACCCUGCUGGAGAGAGAGUUCACCUUUUUGACGUUUCAUCUUAUUUUCUACUUUCAAAUGUGAGCUAUCCCUGAUGGGAAUAUUUUUCAUUUGUGACUAACUGGUCCGUAUGAAGAUUGAUUAUGUUAAUAAUAACUUUUUUUAUGAGCAGUGUGGGAAGGCAAAGGCCCCUGUGGACUGUCUCCCCUAUUUCAAAUGAGUCAGGGAGCUAAGAGUCAAGUCUGCCAGGAAAACGUGAGUCCAAAUCAUCUAUCUGGCUGUGACUGACCUAGAGGGACCAGACUGUAUGUAUGCAUUGACCUCCAGGAAUGUGGAAAUAGUGUUUGGUGUGGAGUGUACAGCAAUCAAGCCACAUUGUGUAGAUCUAGACGACAUGGGUGUGCGAAUGAUUUAAUAAAAAAAUAUCAUAUAUAUAUAUAUAUUUAACCUUUAUUUAAUUAGGCAAGUUAAGAACACAUUCUUAUUUACAAUGACUGCCUAGGAACAGCAAGGAGCAUAAGAGCGAGAACAAGAAUGAUAAAGGGAGUCAAGGAGCUUUGGGACUAUCAUUAUUUGGUUAACACAGACAUGAGACAAAACGUAGAAUAAAGGAUUUCCUUAUAUCACAGAACAGAAAGAACCACACUGUCCACUCCUAUCAGGUGUCCCAGAGUGUUUUCAAGGUAUUUACCCCCUUCUCUCUCCGUUCAACAGCUGCCCUCUGUGUCACCAGCACAGAAACUUAAUUACCACAAGAGACAUUCCCAUUUAAGUCAAUGUUCUGUGUAGCCAUGAGUGUGAAAUUGCCGUGGACUGAUGGGCUUUGUCCAUUCUAGUUUUCCUAUUUAUAUGGACUUCAGACAAGCACCAAGCACUGUAAUGCGAGCAUCAUUGUUCUCCUUUCCGAGGUUAACAACAGCAGGAGCAGGACGGAAGGGCAGAGGGAGCACCUUCUUCCUCCCUAAAGUACCCCCAGCUGCCAAGACCCCAGUCAGGUACAUUGUCCUGGUGCUGAUCUAAGUAAGACGGGGCCUGCAAAGUGCCAACAAGCACUGAGGAAAACCAUAAUGAGCUGGUCUGGGGUAUUUAUUUUUAACACUGACAGCAGGACUGCUUGGCCUGCUGGGUGUGAGAAAAAACGAUGGAAGAGUUUUUUCUCAAAGCUUAGAGAGACUCGUUUUCUUGAGUACGGGCGAUUUCCUUUUAAGUGCCGUGGCAGUAGGAAAUCAUAUUGUUUGACAUUGCUUCCUCGACUGCCUAGGGGGGAGACAGGAUGGCGACCAAGUCCCCUCAGACAGAAAUGCAAAGGGAGGUGAGUUUCUAUGGGAAGUGAGUCGGUCUCAAUGACUGUUGUCAAAAUGUGCACCAGCAGUAAAAAACAUUCUUCCCCCUAGAAAUAAAUUCCAGGUUAUUUUGCCAUGUUUGAAUAACCGUUUCUAUACACCAAUAUGGGCCAGUAUUAUUUCUAUUAUGUCUUACAAAAAAAAAAAAACUUUCCACUCAGCCAUAGUUCCCAUAACUUGCCUGAGGUCACUGUCAUGUGGCCACUAGAGCUUAAAUCGUCCUCACACACAAGCUACUGGUCCGCUGUAGAUGAAGAAGGGAAACCCUAUUACCCCACUUACCCUCUUCCUCAGACACACACACACAUGUGCACGCAUGCACACACACACACACACACACACACUGUCUAAUCAACACCCUCACUUGAGCUUAAAGAGCACUGAUGCUGCAACUCCAUACUUUCCAUUGGUCCUGCCCUUCAGGAGAAAGAGGGGGGAAAUGCUACAACGUUACAGUAACACACCGUCUCGUCUAGAGAGGAAGACUGAGGAUCUACACAGUCUGAAGUAAAUACAACCUUCAGUGCCAGAUGGAUUUUAGUCGAAGGAAGGUUCAAUGUCUCUGCUGGUAAGACUGAACACAACUUCUUAGGAGUGAACACAACCUUAACUUGAACCACUUAGUCUGUACAACGGUAAUUAUCAUACUGCAUGGUUUGUCAAACAUCAAGCUGGCAUAGCUGUCUUUUUACAUAUGCUAUUUAGUUGAAGAAAGGUUUUCACUGUGUGCCUACUGUAUGAAACUAAGUACUAUGAAACGUUGUUUAAUAGACACUACUUAGUUUAUCCAUUUGUUUGAGUGUGAGUGGGGCGAGUCUGGGGUAUACACUACUGUACUGUCUGUGCUCAUGGAGGUGUGGAAUCGCCAGCUAGUGAGCUGUGUGUGCUAGUAGUGUUCAACAUAGAAGUAGCUGUUUCCUUUGCUCUGCAAGGGCCAAGGCUUUGGUACCGGGGCAGGUAACGCUGCUAGUUCGAGUGCAGAUGUAUAUGCGCAGAGAGAAGAGCUGAGAGUAGAGUUCAUGGGGUGAUGAAAUGGUAAAGCUCCGGUGUUCAUAAGUUAGACCUAAACGACCACCAAGAUGAACAAGACUUUCGUAGACUAGAAAUAAUAUAGUUCUUUACUGUAUAUUGUCAUAUGAUCAUAUGACGUCUGUUAUUGGAAAUUGCAUUUUGAGGGAACGGGUCCUUUGGAAAUGUCUUGACUCAGUUCUGAGACGGAUUCAUUUCUAUCAACAGAAACAAAGUGCAUUGAUUUAUUCGUUCUUAGCUCUUUAUACAUCUUUUACAUCUUUUACCAGUCACCACUUCCUUAUUAUACCUUGUUUGUUGUCAAUGUGUCAAGAAACAUGCACCAUCAAUCUCUGGCCAAAGGACAUGUAAAUCAGUAUGUCUCACUCUUUCCCAGGCGAAGUAAUGCAAAGAUAAGCCCUGUGACAUGUUUAUUUCUGUGUUUCUGUUGACUUUAGACUUCCUUAAAACUGACAUCCGAUUUCCCAGAUUGCUGGGCCAGGCAGGGCUGUGGGAACAUACUUGGCUCAAGCUUGGUCAGUCUGCUGAGCCCACUGUGGCCACGCAGGGAGAAAAGUCUAUUAAUAUACCAACUCCACAGCCCCAAAUACAUCGCGUGGUACAAUACAGCACAGCAUUGCUCAGUACGGUACAGUACAGCAUUACUCGGUACAGUUCAGUAAGGUACUGUACAGAGCAGAGCAGCUCAGCACAGAAUAAUUUGGUGUAAUGAAGAGAAACUUGGAAACCAGUCAAAUAAUAACACAAGUCCACACUGCAUGACACAAGUGAAUUAAGUCACAAAGUGUGACAAGCCAUGAAACAGAAUAAUCAAACGUCCUGAAAAAAAGAAACACAAAUAAAAUAUCCCACAGAACAACAACAGCACUUUCAUUUAAUGCAGAAAUGUCAUUCAUUUAUCUAUAAGCGCAGUAGAUCGUAGUUAACGCGGUCCCAGAUCUGUUUGUAAUGUCUUGCCAACUCCUACCCUCAAUGGCAUCCCAGUGACCAUCGGCGUUGGAAUGACAACGCAAACAGAUCUGGGACCAGGCUAGAUGGUAGUUAUAGAUGGUGACUGACUGUUCCCUGACUGCUCUACUCUCUCCCAGGCCGUUCUAGAGGUGUGGUGUGUGACGGGUGAUGGCCGACUGGAGUCUCCUAGGCAACUUCUUGGAAGAGGUGCAGGAGCACUCGACGUCUGUGGGCAAGGUGUGGCUCACCAUCCUCUUCAUCUUCCGUAUUCUGGUCUUGGGCACGGCCGCCGAGUCGUCGUGGGGCGACGAGCAGGAGGACUUCACCUGCGACACGGAGCAGCCCGGCUGCGAGAACGUUUGUUACGACACGGCCUUCCCCAUCGCCCACAUCCGCUACUGGGUGCUGCAGAUUGUCUUCGUGUCCACGCCGUCGCUCAUCUACAUGGGCCACGCCAUGCACACGGUGCGCAUGGAGGAGAAACGCCGGCGCAAGGAGCAGGAGGACCAGGGUGGAGGUGACGGGGAGGAAGGAGGAGGGGAAGGCGGAGAGGAGAAGCAUUAUCUGGAGCACGGGGAAGAGAAGGGGGGAGAGUGCGGGAAGGAGGGCAGCGGCAUGGGCAGGGUGCGUCUGCGCGGGGCGCUGCUGCAGACUUACGUGUUGAGCAUCCUGAUCCGGACGCUAAUGGAGGUGGUCUUCAUCGUGGUGCAGUACAUCCUCUACGGAGUCUUCCUCAAUGCCCUGUACGUGUGCCACAGCCGGCCCUGUCCACACCCGGUUAACUGUUACGUCUCGCGGCCCACGGAGAAGAAUGUGUUCAUCGUGUUCAUGCUGGCCGUGUCGGGCGUGUCGCUGUUUCUCAGCGCCGUGGAGCUCUACCACCUUGCCUUUAAGCAGUGUCAGAGGUUUCUGAGGAGGAAACGACAACAGCAGCAACAACAGCAGCAACAGCUGCUACAAGGACGCACGCCUUCAAGUGCUACGGUCAUCACCGCUGAACCUGACAGCCCACCCCGUCCAUCCAUGCCCUGCACCCCACCCCCAGACUUCAGCCAGUGUGUUAGCUCUUCCCCUCACACACACCCCAUGCACACCCAAUCCCACCCCCAUCCUAGCUGCCCCCCUUUCAACAACCGGCUGGCCCACCAGCAGAACUCAGUCAACAUGGCCACUGAGCGCCACCGUGUUGUCCACAAUGACCUUGAAACGGAAGACUUCCUGCACGUGACCUAUGAGGGGCACGCCGACACACCCAACGCCUGCACCCCGCCCCCUUCGCUGCUCCAAAACGGCUUCCAAAAUGGUUUCCUGAAGGACAAGAGGCGUCUGAGCAAGACCAGCGGCUCCAGUAGCCGUGUGCGACCCGAUGACUUGGCUGUAUAGCUCCACUUCCCAACACACACACUGUCCCUGGAUCGUUUCAAACACACACACACACACACACAAGACUGGGAUGACUAUUACUCAUCUGUUGUGGGGGACUAAUUGGAACACUGCAUGGCACAAGUCAACGAAGUCACAAAGUAUCACAAGUCAUGAAACGGAAUACUCAAACUAAUCAAACAGCUGUAGAAGGGUUAGUGCCUUCAUAUUUAGCCCUCAGGACUAAUCCACUAAUGUGACUGUCUGAGACCUUGGUCUGACUGCGUCCUAAAUGGCUCCCUAUUGCCUGUGUAGUGCACUACUUUAAACCAGGGCACAUAUAGCUUUGGUCAAAAGUAGUGCACUAUAUAGGGGAAUAAGGUGCCAUUUGAGACAGAGACAUUGACUCUGACUGCUGUCGUGGAGUCUCUCCCUGAGAGACAGGGGGGCCUUGUGCCAGACCUGAGAAUGAGUGGGUCACUGCCACACUAUCAGCUUUGUGACACUGACUGGCUGCUGGGGACAGCUAAGUGGGACAGAUGAGAGCCAGUCUGUCACUCAGAGACAGAGAGAGAUAUGUGAAGGACGGCUGCCUGUCAAUGACCCACAAACGUAUGCUUAGACGAAUGCUCUGCGUGUGUAAGCUUGCUCUCUCUCAUGCAUGCACACGAACACACACAAACACUUUACAUUUACAGAGGCACGCAGACACUUUCGUUGGCAUACAACACAAACACGCAGACACACCAUGUGAAUCCUGAUGUUGGCAUCACUUCCCACCAGAGAUCCAGUAGGAACCUACAGGGAUGACCCAUGGGAUUAAAAUAUAUUUUAUUGUGUACUUUGUAUGGUUAAAGAGAGACAGACAAAACUACAUCCUAUUCUGAUAAGGGCUUUAUUUAUGUGGAGCCAUCAUCGGUUAAAGCAGACAUCCCAAGCUUCCCAGGGUGUGGGGAGGACAUAGUUCAUAGUGCAUAGUUGAGAUACCCUGACUGACCUGGUUCCCCGUUUCCCAAAACCAUCUUAAGGCUAAAUUCAUUGUUAGAACCUUCGUUGGAGCAUCAUUAUAUCUCAGAGCUGUUUCCCGAAACCAUCGUUAUCAACUUUGCAAUUGAGAAACGCUCGUAAUCUAACGACGGCCUAAAAAAAACUGCUAGAACAGCGAAGCGCGUCGGAUGCUUUUUCCGCCCUCCCUCGUCACUUUAUACAGAUAAAUCUCUGUUAAACAUUGAAUCACAUGGUUUAUAUGUCUCUGUGACGCCGAUAACUUCAGAACAAAGUCGACUCGAAAUACAAAGGUGCCAAUGUGUUUGCAAUUGAUACAAACAAGCGACAAAUACAAAUAUGCUUCAAAUGAAAACCCGAGAUGACUGCAUUAAAGUAUAAACAGUAGGCUGUAGGCCUAUUUCAAUAAUAUUGAAAUAUAUUUCAUGUUCAAUCAAUUGAGUUCUAUUUUGUUCAGGGGCACAACUUUGGUUUUAGACGUGGGGGGACAUACAUAUAUAUAUAUAUAUAUAUAUGUUUAUCCAGUCAGAUAAACACUCCAGAAAUGCAACUUCAGAAUGUGGGGGGGACAUGUCCCCCGUCCACAGUGAAAGUUGCACCGCUGAUUUUGCUACUGUCAGUAUUUGUCUCAACAUAUUCCCUGAUGUGUGCGCAAUGAUGUGCCAAAUCGGUGAUUUGGUGCAUUUUCAUUGGGUAAGCAUUAUUCAUAAAAACUGCCUCAAUGGGAGCUGAUCCGUUGUCAGUAUUGUGAAAUAAUUAUAAUGCUAAGGAAAUAUUUGAAUGGAGAAAGCUGAUCCGAGACCAGCGCUCUUUUUCUUUAGAGCCUAUCAGUAUCAAUGCACCAACGACGCACUUUGCGAACGUUCUCUCUGCGUGGUGUUUUGGCAGACGCAUGUUACAUCUUCCUUCGGUCGUUGUAGGACAGGUGCAUCAUUAAAACACUCUUAAGCCUAAAUUCCAUCGCUAUCAGAAAACCGGGCAGAGACCUUGACCGCGAAUCUUGCCAAACGAGUGCCUGUCUAUUGUCAAGGAAAAACCGUUUUAGAAAAGCCAGAUAUUCCUUAAUUUUUGGAAAGUCAUUCCCUUUCAGAUAUAUAUAAUAUAUAUAUAUAUAUAUAGAUAUAUAUAUAUAUAUAUAUAUAUAUGAUCUAGCUUUUUUAUAUGGCAAAGUAUGUGGUCAGAAACUGAAAUAGUUUUGCACUGGUUUACAGAAUCUGUGUGUAUAGUCAUUUUUAAAUCUCAGAUUUACGUUUUGAAAUGUUUAACUAAAUCUAAAUACGAAUUAACAAAAAACAUGUUGUUUCAACACAUCUUUGUUUAAUGUGAAUUAAAUUGUAUUGGGGUGGUGUCAUUGCGAUCACAUUUUUGUCAACUUUACACUUUAGCAAAAGGCAAUGUGAAAAUCUAUGUAUCUUUAGUGUUACAAAUGUUUUCAUGUUAAUUUUGUGUAUAAAUAUAUAUCGUCUGCCGUUAAAAACACAUUUACCCGUGACACAUGAUAGGAAUUUGCAAGCUGUCUUAUCUACUCAUGUUUCAAGUAGAGCGAUUCUAUUUUGCACACUGAUACCGUUCACUGUACUAUCUGCAUUAUAUUGUAUAUUGACUGUGUACGGUAAAGACCACUGAUUCCCUUCGCAUUAAGACGAAAUGUAAAACGAGCACAAACUCAAUAUAUACAUCCCAUAUGUACCAUG